AUGGGGAUCAGGGUAUAUAAACCCGUCACCCCCAGUAACCCUAACCCUAGCCUCAUUGUACAGCCGCCAACUUCCUCGACACUAUCCUUCACCCUCAUCGACGUUGCACCAACCAUCUCCAUCGAUUCCGAUCGCCGCCGUCACCAUAGAAGCCUCUCAACAGCCGAGGGCAUCACCAGGCUCGAUAGUUAUCGUCAUCGCCUACUGCUGCGUCGAAGAAGGCCACGGCAGUUACGCCGUGUAUGGCCGGAGAUGGCCUGUAACCGCUACCCGUUUUGGAACUUGUCUUGCUGCCAACGUUCUUUUCUUUUCCCUUCCGCUCCAUCCGCCGCCAAGGGCGUGCUUCUAUUGCUCCGGUCAUGGUCGCCACCCCAAAGGGCUAUCGAGUUUGUGUGGGUUAUCACCUAUCAAGUUGGGGUGAGUUUCCUUGUAUGCCUGCUUGCUGUUGGCCAGAAAAGCGUGGGAACCACCAUAGCAGCCGCCAUGGCGACUAUCACCUUGCUACCGUUGCCUUAUGCCACAAAGAAUCCUCGGAAAAGGCAUUACCACCACCAUAGGGUGGUGGCUGCCACCAUCUGCCGCCGCCGUCCACCACAAGUAAUUCGAAACCACCACCGUGAGGUGGUGGCUGCCGCCUCCUGCCGCUAUCGGCCGCCGUGUCGGGUGGUGGUGUGCUUUGAUGGUGUUUUGACUCGUUUGGAUAAUUGGACAAGGGACCAAGAAACCCUAAUGGGCCCAAUGAGGCUUAAUGGACUUAAUGAGCCCUAA